GGUAAAAAAAAUUGUUGGAAAACCAAUUUCUCAUACAACUUCUAUGUCACAUUCUACCGGUGAAGCAGUAUAUAUUGAUGACAUACCAAAGAUCCAGGGUGAAUUAUACGGUGCUCUAGUUACAUCUGAGAAAGCUCAUGCUAAAAUAUUAAAUAUUGAUCCAACGCAAGCAUUAAGUAUACCUGGUGUAAAGGGAUUUUUCUCAGCAAAGGAUGUACCUGGAAAAAAUUCUUGGGGAAUUAUACUCCAAGAUGAAGAAGUUUUUGCCAGUAAUGAAGUUUGUUACAUGGUUGCUGAAACAAAACAAAUUGCACAAGAAGCUAAACAUUUAGUGAAAAUAGAGUAUGAAGAAUUACCACAUAUUUUAACUAUUGAUGAAGCAAUUGAACAAAAUAGCUUUUUCCCAAUGACUCCUAAACUUGCACGAGGAGAUAUAGAAAAAGGAUUCCAAGAAGCUGAUCAUAUUUUUGAAG